UCCAACGUGACCGGCGCGUGGCCGGCACCUGGUGAAGUCAUGUCAGGCGCAGCGCAGAAUGUCUUCCACUUCAAGCUAGUCUUGCUGGGCGAUGCCUCUGUUGGCAAGUCCUGUUUGGUGGUGCGCUUCGCGAAGGGCGAAUUCUACGAGUACCAGGAGCCCACCAUCGGCGCGGCCUUCAUGACGCAGACGGUGAACUUGAACUCGGAGGUGGUGAAGUACGAGAUUUGGGACACCGCAGGGCAGGAGCGGUACAAGAGCCUUGUGCCCAUGUACUACAGAGGCGCGGCUGCGGCGGUGAUCGUAUACGACAUCACUUCCAAGGAGUCCUUCGAUGCAGCGAAGGGCUGGGUCUCCGAAUUGCAGGGUACAAACACCUUGAUCGCCCUGGCUGGGAACAAAGUGGACCUGGAAGCCUCCAGGGUGGUGGAGCGGGAGGCGGUGCGCGCCUAUGCAGAACAGAUGGGUGUGCUCUUCAUGGAGACUUCCGCCAAGAGCGGACAGAAUGUGCAGGAGUUGUUCCGCGAGAUCGCCGUGCGCCUUCCGAAAGACUCCGAGGAGGAUGACGAGAAAGCGAAAGGAUUCGGCGUUGGAGUGAAGGGAGCCGCACCCAAAGCUGCCGGCUGCUGCGGCUGGAGCUGAGAUGGGUCGCUGAGGAAGUCAGUGAGUGGCUGUAUACCUAUCAGACCUACAUGGUUUUUGGGUAAACGAAUACGUUUGAGAAAAGUGAGUUGC